ACCGCUCCCCUAACCAACUUAGUGACGAAACGGCCUCACCUAGUACCAUAGACCCGUCUUGAAAUACGAUAAAUACAUUGAAAUGAACGUAUACAAAAAACAGAUGCGUAAGCCACAUUCGGCUAAAGUAACUGAAACAUCAAAUUUGUUUUGUUGAGCAUAAAAGUUUUUCAAAAGGCAGAUAAUCCUAGAAAAUAUUCACGUCACGACACUUGUCUUUUUCACAGCAUUCGCAUCGAAUUUACAUAACAUCAUCUAGAUUUUUUUUCAAGUUCCAUGGUUAGUUCAGCGGUAUUUUUGUGUGAACCAUUUGAUUUAAGUUUGUGAUCGAUGGCUAUCGCUUAAGAAACAUUUAUUUGUACAUCUAUAUAUAUAUAUAUAAAUAUAUAUUCAGAUUAAGCUGCAAUAACAAUCAACAAUAAAAGUUAUGGUCAGUUAAAUAUAACAUUGAAGAAAUAGAAGGGAUUCGAUUGAACAGUUCAAAUAUACAUUACGCGUGUUGCCAGAUAUCUUGAACAUGGAAAAUACCUUUGAUGUUAUUGACUUAUGUGACAUAAAGUCUAUCAAAUCCGAGGACUCUUCUGAAACCAUACCAUUUGAUGAGAGCAAAGCAAAGUACAAACAAGAGAAUAUUGAUAGCUUUGAAUAUACAAAGCAGUGGGUUGACUCACAGCGUUUAAAUGUUGACUCCUGCUCAGCUGUACACGAUCGCGAACAAGGGCUUUCGAAUACUGUCGCUCCUCCUACUCCAAUAACUACAGUUGCUGCUUCAACUGCUUUUAGGCCAGAACGGAGACCAAUUCCAGUGCCACUCGAGUUCACCGAUUUGGUUAAUAAAGAGUGCGUUAUUAAACUGAUCAAUUCACUGAUGACUUAUGCCAUACACAAAAGUGCAGAAGUCGAAAUGCGCAGGAAAAUUAUCUCGAUUGCACCAGAUAUCUACUCGCAAAUAAGCUACCAUACCAGUGUUGGCUUCCAGUUUAUUCACGAAAAAUGUGUAGAACUAUUCCACCAAGCACUGCUAGAAUUUACCGAGAUUUUCCUGUGCUUCGCGGUACCAAUGCGGGAUCUAGUAAUAUCAUGGAUGUACAACAUGAUCGAAGACAUGUGUGGCGCGAAUUUCGUCGAUGGUAAAUUUCUGCGUCAUGAACGCUAUAUCGAAAAGCUGAUACUAGAUUUCACUAAUGCUCGAAAGCAAACACCUAACUCGGAUAAUGUAUUCUUCAAUCUGUACCAGAAAUUGUCUGCGCCAAUUAGUGCCCAGUCAGGUGCGAUGAAAAGUCUCUCAAAUAAUGAGAAACCAAAGAGGCAGCGGAAGGCUCGGGUGAAAGAAGCCUAGAAAGUCAAUUGCCGUAACGUAACUUAGAAACUAGACAAGCAUAAUAUGAUCCAAACAAAGGUUAAUUAUUUUUCUUUCAAAAACGGUGAGUUUUUUUUAUAAUUUAUCCGCUCGAAUACCAUAUUGAAUUGUAAAACCUAUGCACAUUAAUUUUGUUUAGUUAAUCGUAAUUAAUGUGGUUUCAACCUAAUGUUAGCUAUCACAACACCCAUACAUGUGGUUGAACGACAGUAUGUGAAUAGAAAUCUUCAGAAAAUUAUUCUUUUCAAUUUGAUUUCUUCUUGGCGACAGUUUUGUUUUUACUCUAUCUGUUCGAUUCGACUUUUUCUUAUGGCGGGUUUACAUUAGGGAGAUCUAUAGCUAUAGACGGAUUUAUUCACCCGAAAAUAGAUGUAAACGGGUGAGAAUAUAUACGAUACAUUUCUCCGAGGUAUAAAUGUAUACGAUGAAUAGAAUAAAUUCAUGCAUAUGUAAACGCUGGUGAAUUUCUCACUGGUGAGAAAUCACUGAAGUUGGAUGCAGUUCUACUUCAGGUGAAUAAAUUCACCAAAAAUAUGAAUGUAUUCAUUAUAUAAGUUCGCGCUAGUGUAAACGGUUGGUGCGAUUUCUGUAAAUCUCAUCAUAUUUCUUCACACGAAUAUAUCACUAGUCUAAAUCACUAGUCAAACCCACAAUAAAAGUAUCUUUGAAAUGUUUAGAACAAUGUUGAAGGUUUCCACGAAAUAUACGUUGGUUAAUCUAGUGUAUUUGAUAAUUUAGAUAACACUGCCAUUUGACGUAUCCCUUUUUGUUGAGUUGAUGCAAUGCUAGCUAAAUGCUCGAUACUCUAUCAUGUGAUAUCAGAUGAUUUUUUGCAAGAAGUUAUCUGUAAACUAUUGAACAUUUUUUAAACAACAUAAUUAAAACGUCAUCCGAAACAAUUGAUCUUUAUGUUCAUAUAGAAGACAUUCAUAACAAUGCAUCAGUUCAGCUUGGUAGGAUGAUAUUUGACUUUAAUUUAUACCAGUAUAGUAAGUUUGUAAACGAAACACAUUUUUAUAAAGCAAGUUGAAACUAUCUUGAUUAUUAUUGAAUGAACUUUUUGAGAAACAAUUUAGCUGUUCUGCUGCAAUAAAUGAUAAUCAAUUGUAGUGCUUAAUGCUGUCUAGGUGGAGAUAAAAAUAUUUUAGUUUUCUAUUCGAUCAAAUAUUUCUGAGCAUCAUUUUAUAUUCCUGAUAUUCUCUAAUAUAAUAAAAACUAGGUGACCCGGCUAGUAAAUAUUCACUAGAAAUAAUUUAUACGGUUUUUCUGCCGGUUUUUCUUAUAUUUUAGUUGUUGAAUAAAAAAUGAAUAAUGUAUUGUAAGAGCUUUUAUA